CAUCCAUAUUCUUUCUCAAUCGCCUCCACACUACCCGCUGCUCAUCCAAACCAGUUUGUUUCUCAACUCUCACCAUUUUAAGGUACCUCCUCCACAGUGUCCACACAGUGGGUGCGCAUUAAAAAGCUUGUUCCUUCUUCUUCUUCUUCCUCCUUCGUUCUCGGUAUUAUUGAUUAUAAAUUAAAAAGUUGUUCCUUUUGAUUGGUCUCUUGGCACGUUUGUGCAACUCGAAGCUGCUGAUACAUAAAGGAACCCACCUCAGAUAGGCUCAGAAAUUAAGAGAAAGUGAACAAUGAACAAGGAUAAGAUUUUCAAGCUAGCCAAGGGCUUCAGGGGAAGGGCCAAGAAUUGCAUAAGGAUUGCCAGAGAGAGGGUGGAGAAGGCCUUGCAGUAUUCCUACAGGGAUCGCCGCACCAAGAAGCGAGACAUGCGCUCCCUAUGGAUCCAACGCAUCAAUGCUGGCACCCGCAUCCAUGGUGUUAAUUAUGGGAAUUUCAUGCACGGGUUGAUGAAGGAGAACAUUCAGCUGAACAGGAAAGUUUUGUCAGAGCUGUCCAUGCACGAACCAUACAGUUUCAAGGCCCUGGUAGACAUCUCUCGCACUGCCUUCCCUGGGAACAAGAACGUGGUGCAUGCUCCCAAAAAGGAUUUUUGUCUAUAA